AUGUCUUUCUGGGAUAACAAUAAGGACACUUUCAAGAAGGUCGGAAUAGCGACAGCAAAGGGUGUUGGAAAAGGAACAGUCGCGGUAAGCAAGUACGGAUACGCCGCCUCCAAGACAGCUUACAAGAACCACAACGCCAAAAAAAACGGUGUUGAAAACAAAGAAGGUGAGGAUACUAAGUCAGCAUCUCCUGUUGAUACCAGUUCGUCAUUUAGAGACCCGAAGUCGUUCCCGCAACCUCCGAGAAGAACACUUUCGGGGGCUCCCAUAGUUGAUCAGGGUUCUCCCCACGGAAGCAUGUCGUAUCAACCACCAAACUACGGCUACGGGGCCAAUGGGGCCAAUAGUGCUCCUCCUGGUCAGCAGUCUGUUCCGCAGCCUCAACAACCUGGUUAUGGCCAGCAAUAUGCUCCUGCUCCUGCUCCGGCAUAUCAGCAGGGUUAUCAGAAUCAGCCAAACCAGCAGUAUCAACAGUAUCAGCAGCCUUCACAGCAGAAUUACGGGUACCAGCAACAGCCGCAGAUUCCGCCACCAGCUCAGCAACCGGCUCAGCAACAGCAAGGAUAUGGUCAGCCGCAGGCCGCUUAUGGGUACCAACAACCAGCUCCAGUCCAACCUCAGGUUCAACCAGCGUAUGGCCAACCCCAGGUUCAGCAGGGGUACGGUCAACCUCCUCAACAACCUUAUCAGCAGAUACAGCAACCUCAACAGCCCCAGCAGAACUACUCUCAGCCUCAAGCCCAGCCUCAACAGGGAAUUUCUAUGGACCAGCUGAGGCAGGCUGGUAGCUUCCUGGGCUCUCUCAGCAAUUCCCAAGGCCAACAACCGGUUGCAGCUCCUGGCCAACCCCAGUCUAAUACUCCAGUCGUUACAUACCAGCAGAUUGGUCAAGCUGCUGCUUUUAUGAAGCCACACUUGAGUAAUGCUAUUAAUUCGAUGAAUCAGCAGCAGGCGGAUCAGCAACAACCUCCGCAGGUUCCUCAACAGAUGCCUCAGCAAAAUACACAGGCUCAGAGCUAUGGUUAUCAGCAACAGUCUCAACAGCCUCAACCGCAGCAACCUCAACAAUUCCAGGGAUACCCUACUGAUCAGCAGCAGGUCCAGCAACCUGCCCCAUUGGCUCAGGGCUAUUCUUUAAAUUCCCCAAUUCAACAACAGGGAUACUCAAGCGAAUACCAGCCUGGGCCAGAGCCUGAGUCGGGUUACGCAAGACCAGCAUUGAGAUCGCCAGUCCCAUCAACUGCGGGCUUUGCUCCUCCCCCGGUUCAUCGUGAACGAGGCCAUAUCUCGGAACCCAGUCACGAGGCUGUUACAUCUCACACGGGCAACUCUGCUAACUCUUCAGUCUCGACCCCAUCUAUAGUCUCACCAAGUGUGGCAUCUCCAUCACCGGCACAGAGAUCUGAUUGGCCCCCGCCAAUCUCCCUUCCUUCUAGGACUGUGCCUACUCCCCCAGCCGCAGUUGCAGCCCCAACUGCUCCAGUAUCGACUGCUCCACCACCGAGCGCUCCCCAAGUUUUGACCAGUCCACCCAGUUUUUCCGCUGAUCCACCAAGAUAUUCGGAGGCUUCUCGUGCGAGUACCGAGGAAGAGCCAGAAGACUCAGGCCCAAAGGUCCCCACCAAAACCAACCUCAUGGACUUUGACAUCAACAAAUACGGGCCUCCUCCACCAAGACCUCAUAUUGGAGAUGCUGAUCGGGCAAAACUGGCCACUUUCGAAUUUAAAAACAGAAAACCGGGGUCGGCAGGUCCAAAGCCUGGCACUGUGGCAGCUGCUACUCUGAACAGAAGGCCAACAGCCAACGGACAUGCUCCAUCUCCACCACCUCGCGAAGGAAGUGUGGCCUCUGUAAAGUCCUCCGAAAGCAACGCUUCUCAUGGUUAUAUGGCUGCUGCUGCUGCAAUGCAGCCUCCACCAAAACCUUUCCGUGGACUAGAAGGUCUUGCAGAUGAAGCUGAGCACAAGAAAGCUCCUCCGAAGCCAAAAAAGCCCACUGCAUUGACAGAUGAACCUCCAUCAACACCCCCUUCGUACAGCCGUUCUCCAGUUCCGUUGCCUCCAAGAUCGCCGAUGCCAGUCCUUGCGGAGUCUGCUCCUGUCAAAGUGAAACCACCGAAACCUGCCAGUCUUAGAGAUAACUCAGGGAAGAAACCACCUCCUAAGCCUUCAAAACCAAAGAAUCUGACUGAUGGGUCUGGUGGGUCCGGUGGCCGCGAUGACCAUAUGAAGGAGCUUCAGCAGAGACUUGGUGGGACUCAUCUGGGGUGA